CGUGCCAGUGAGGAAUGGCUUCCGGUGACGACGUUAUCCGCGCCUGAGGCGACCCACGAUCCCCGAGGGACGAACCCCAAGACCCGUGUGACGAUGGCCCUGAGCGCUUUCACCUUCUCCGCCGGCGACCAGCAGCGUCCCGGGGUGGCCACCCGCGCGCCCAGCCACCCCCUCAGCCCGCCCGCCCUGGCGCUGGCCAUGGUGUCCGGAGACGGCCUCCUCGUCGCCCAUCGUCGCGUCCCCAGCGAGUCGCCCAGGUUGCGGCGACCGAAUCUCCCCGAGCCCGAGGCCCGGAGGACGGCCCGCCACUCCCGCUACUCGCCCUACGCGGCCCCCAGACCCAAGCUGGACCUGCUGAGGAGCGUGUUGGAGCGGCGCCUGGUCGCCAUCGGGGGAGCCCUCGCCGCCCGCCUGGCGUCGGCCUAGCCUCCUUCGCCCCUCUA